AUGUACCGAAUCAGAGUCGUGACCGAAACGAAGACUUUAAAACCGUAUCAUGUCCGACAAAUUCCGAAACGAAAUCACAGUUUUGUGAUGUCCUCGGAGGCAUUGAACGCCUGUGAGCUUCUCACGGAUCAAUACAAGAAGCAAACCACAUUGUCAUGGAUUACCGCGAAAAACGAAAUGGACAAACUCCGUACGAUUUGGUUCGAUUUAACCGGUGCUACAAAGCUAGAGUUGGAAAAAUUGGAGGAUUUUGUGGCCAUUUUGUACGGCUACCACGAACAUCUGUUACGUGAUGUGAUGCAAUCUGUGGAUGAUAAUGGAAGCACCUCAUUGCACUAUGCCGUAGGCCAUGGAGCCUGGCCUGUAGUCAAUCUGAUUCUGGAUUCCGGUUACGCCGAGCCAGAUCGAUUCAAUCUAGUCGGUUUCUCUCCCAUCAUGAUUGCGACUGUGUGUAAUAUCUCCAACGGCGCCGCACUGACCACCCUGAGUCGACUAUUUCGUGCAGGCAAUGUCAAUUUACGCUCAAACACGACCACAAGACAAACUCCACUCAUGAUGGCUGCAUCGAACGGAUCUCGGGAGGUUGUGAAGUUGUUAUUAGAACACGGGGCGCAGGUCAAUUUGCAGGAUACCUCAGGCAAUACAGCUCUGAUGUUUGCUUUGGAGAAUGGGGAUCUGGUCGUAAUCAGCACGUUAUUGGAAAGACCGGAGUUAGACUUGAGUUUACUGGAUAAUGAUGGUCAAGAUGCUCUAGCAAUCGCAAAGUCGAAGGGGAAUAUACUCGCCUGCGAUUUGAUUGAACGUACACUCGCAGGUCACCGGGGAUGGAGUGUAAUGCGCAUUGGACUACAGUUGACUUAUGGCACGAUGUCUAUUGACGAGGGCUGGGAGUAA